AUGGACACUGUGCUGACCUCUCAGGACCCUGUGAGUCAUGAGGACGUUCCUCUUUCUUUUUGCUGUUUUCUUCCUUCUGGCCCCAGCCAGGAAUGCAUUUUUUGAUGGGAAAUGCUUCAAGCUUAACGGGAAGUGCGUGAAUUCUUGCCAGAAAAAUGAAGAACUGGUGGCUCUCUGCCAGAAUUUUCUGAAAUGCUGCCUGACACUCCAGCCAUGUUGGAUGAGUAAAGAUGAUAAAUCUGAAGACUCUGGCUUUCUGGAGGGAUAUAAAUGA